AUGUUCAAGUUCCGGGCCUGGUACCUUGUGUCAUUUCUGAUCGGCUGCUGCUUUGAGAUAGUAGGCUACAUAGGUCGAGCGCUAUCUGCAACUGAGACCCCGAAUUGGACCACGACAUCAUAUACCAUUCAGAGCCUGACGCUUCUUCUCGGGCCCGCACUCCUCGCUGCAUCCAUCUACAUGGUUUUGGGCCGUCUGAUCCGGUUUCUGGAAGCCGAACAUCUGGCUUUAAUUCGCACGAAGUGGCUGACAAAGAUCUUUGUCCUGGGCGAUGUCAUCUCAUUCGUCACCCAAGGCGCAGGUGGCGCAAUACUUUCCCGCGCCAAGUCGCUGAGUGAUGUUGAUCUCGGCGAGAACAUCAUCAUCGCCGGCCUCGCCGUUCAGAUUGCCUUUUUCGGGGUCUUCAUCAUCGUCAUCUGCCUCUUCCAUUACCGAAUCAACAGAUCGCCCACCGGCCCCUGCAACUCGGCCACACUUCGAUGGAGACCCUUUAUCUGGAUCUUGUACGGAGCAAGCAUCUUGAUUAUGGUUCGAUCUGUGUUCAGAGUGGCCGAGUAUGUCACAGGCAGCAACGGACCGCUGAUGGCAAGCGAAGUCUAUAUCUAUGUUUUCGACGCGGUCCUCAUGUUCAUGGUCGCUGCCAUGUUCAACCUCUUCCACCCUGGGAAAAUCAUCCGGAUGGACCAUAAGUUGACAGCGAUCUCUGAAAGAAUCAACAGCGCUGCUAGGCGAAUUGUUGAUGAGAGGUGUGUGGAGAUUUCUCCUCUGUACUAG